GAGAGCCUUUGUUUAAAACACUGCCUCCCUCACAGACAGCACACACCUAAGUACACCUACGUUUAAGAACAUUGUGCUCUCUACAAAUUAUCCUGAAACAGUGAACAGGUUGACUGCAGAGAUAUCUGGCCAAAACCAGCUGGGAUAGGGUAUGGCCUCUACGUUCAGCCUCCUCUCCGAGAGGCACUUCUUGUGCUUUCUGUGUAGGAACAUCUUUUCCAGCCCGGUGACCAUACCAUGUGGACACAGCUUCUGCAAGGCCUGUCUCUGUCACUACUGGGCCCAUCACCAGUCCAACUACUGCCCCCAGUGCAGGAGGGUGUUCACUGCAAAAUUUGACAUCAGCGUCAACCGCAUCCUGGCAGAUGUCUCAGACAACUAUAGAAAAUGUCGACCAGAGAAACCACCUGUUGAGGAGGUCAUAGAUGUCGAGCAAAUGAUUCAGGAAAGGCUGCAGAAGAUAGAGAGGCUCAAACAUUCCCUCGAACUCCUAAAGAAUUCUUGUCUCAGAGAGGUGCGAGAGAGCCAAAAGAUUUUCUCUGCCUUGGUGAACUCCAUGGAGAAGAGGCAUAAAGCGGUUGUUGCAGCGAUUGAGGAGCGACAGCGAGAAGCAGAGAAGAGAGUAGAAACACUGGUGAAAGAGCUUAAGCAAGAGAUCCAGGAACUGAAGAAGGAAGACGCUGAAUCUGUUCCUCAGAUCCCUCUAAAGGAUGAACAAAGUGAUGACACAGAGCACAUUAUCCCGGUCACCACUUCCACGAUGUGCCCAUCUGAAAUGAAAGACUGGUCCAAGGUUACCCUAGAGCCUGACCCUUGUAUUGGGGUAACCAGGAGAGCACUGUCAGACAUGAUGGACAAGAUGAAGGUGGAGGUCAACAGGCUCUCCAAAUCUGAACUUAAGAGAAUAGAAAAAUACACAGUGGAGAUCCACCUUAGUCCUAAGACUGCCCACCCUUUCCUGUCUGUCUCGGAAGACCGAAAACAGGUGAGACACACAGACAAGCUCCAGGAGGUGCCAGACAAUCCCAAAAGGUUUGACCGUGUGGCAAACGUCCUGGCCAAAGAAGGCUUCAGCAGUGGAAGAUAUUACUGGGAGGUGGAGGUUGGGGAGAAGAUCGAGUGGAACUUGGGUGUCGUCAGGCAGUCCAUAAACAGGAAGGGCAAGUUCACCGUCUGCCCAGCCAAUGGCUUCUGGAUUUUAAGCCUGAAGUCUGGAGGCCAGUACAUCGCAAAUACUUCUCCGAUCACCUUGGUGGCCCUAGAACUGAAACCUAGGAAGGUGGGCAUUUUUCUGGAUCACACAGAAGGCCGCAUGUCUUUCUACUGUGUGGAAACUGGGGUCCACAUUUACACCUUCACAGAUACUUUUACUGACAGGCUCCAUCCAUUCUUCAGUCCUGGUCGACUGCAUGGUGGCAAAAAUGCUGCUCCCUUAAUCAUCUCCUCGAGCUGCUGUAGCAUCUGAGCUUCACCCCAAGUACUAACUAUUAAGUGC